UCAUGAACACAGAGAAAAUUCUUAGCUCUACGGAUGAUCACCAUGAGCUGCAGCCUCCAGGGUUUCGCUUUCAUCCAACAGAUGAAGAACUUGUAGGGUUUUAUCUUCGAAGAAAAGUCGAGAAGAAGCCAGUCGUUAUCGAACUCAUCAAGCAGAUUGAUAUUUACAAACAUGAUCCAUGGGAUCUUCCAAAUAUUAGCAGUACGUCUGACAAGGAAGAUUAUUUUUUUUGCAAAAGAGGGAGAAAAUACAGAAACAGCAUAAGGCCAAAUAGAGUGACGGGGUCUGGCUUUUGGAAAGCAACUGGCAUCGACAAGCCACUGUAUUCUGAUGGAGGACACGGUCGUGAAUGCAUCGGCCUCAAGAAAACACUUGUUUACUACUGUGGAACUGCAACAAAAGGUACCAAAACUGACUGGAUGAUGCACGAAUUUCGCCUUCCCUCAAAUGAUACCAUCACCAAUAUUGCUAAAACCACUUUCCAAGAAGCGGAAGUAUGGACUAUAUGCCGAAUCUUCAAGCGAAAUGUUUCAUGCAGAAAGCUGAGAACAGAUUGGAAAAAAUCGUCUUCUUCAGCAUUAAUGGAGUCCAACAAUCAGCAACAACAAAGCUACAUCAGUUUCGAAGCUCCAAAACCCCUCAUGAUGGACGAUUGUUUCAACGAAAUGUGGAACCAGCAGUUAGCUUCAGAACAUAUUAACAAUUUCGCCAUAGCCAAUUCUCCAAUGUCAAUGGCAUCGUCUUCAAGCUUUCAGAAUCCAUACGAGAAUCAUCAUGACUUGUCAUAUGAGAAUUGGGAUGAGCUACGACAAGUCGUCGAAUUUCCCUUGGAUCCCAGCUCUCGUUCGUGA